AUGUUAUCGAGAUCUGGAAUUCUUCUUAAGACGGCAUUGUUGAAAUCUGCCACUAGAUAUUCUGUUCGAACCUUUUCUGUAACGAGGAGGGCAUAUGCCAAAUCAUGGGAUAAUACGACUCAACAAAAUAAUGAAAAAAUCAAUGCACACAUUCAAGUAGACAAUCUCGUCAGCAAAAUCAAGGCGGAGCCUAUACUAACAGAGAAGUUAGAGAAGAUACAAAAUAUAAUGAUUGAGCAGAAUCUUGUUUCUAAUGCCGAUGGAACCGCUAAACCCAAGAUAUGGCAAAUAGUUAAAAUACUUACUAAUAAGGAAUUAAGAACUGCGAUGGAGGAGUUUAAAUCAGAACUGACAAAUUGUGGCAUUGAAUUAGGCCCCGAACAGUCCAAGGCUCUAAUGAUCGUUUUGGGUUUGGAGAAAGAGCCUCCAAAAUGA